AGACUUGGCGAGAAUUCCACGCUGUAAAUAACAUGGCGGCUUGUGCAAAGUUGACGUAGUUGUUCAUAGGAUUUAUUUGAACGCUGUAACAUUUUUAAAUUAUGGGGUUGUGUAAGUGCCCGAAACGGAAGGUUACCAACUUGUUCUGCUUUGAACAUAGAGUGAACGUGUGUGAGAACUGCUUAGUGACGAAUCACCAACAGUGUAUAGUGCAGUCGUACCUUCAGUGGCUCCAGGACAGUGACUACAGCCCGCUAUGUCCGCUGUGUCAGCAGGACCUCGGCAGUGAGGAGGUGGGCCAGUGUGUCAGACUGGUCUGCUAUGAUGUGUUCCACUGGGCUUGCAUCAACCAAUAUGCCCAGCGCCUCCCCGCCAACACUGCCCCUGCUGGCUACACCUGUCCCACCUGCAGGGUGGGGAUCUUCCCCCCUACCAACAAUGUGUCCCCUGUCGCUGACCAGCUCAGGAACAUGCUCUCCAAGGUCAACUGGGCUCGCGCUGGGCUGGGACUGCCUUUGAUCGAGGAAGCAGAUUUCCCACCUCCAGCUGCGGCGGCAGGCUCUGAUGAUGCUCCGUCACUCCGAGCAGAGGCAACUCUUGCUGCCAGCCCUCCCCUCUCAGCUGGCCCCAACUACUCACGCCCCAGUGCACAGGUCAGCCCCUACACCAGCACCCCCACCAUGGCCUCCGCAGCGGCAGCCCCCGGGCACAGCGUCAUCGGCGUGGAUGCAGGCACAUCCGUCAGGGGGCAGGACAGAGCUUCCAGUUACGGAAUUGAUCCGAGGAAGUUGUUUGACACCACGAAGGGUGAUGAAAUAUUCAACAUGUCACAUGACCAUGAUGAAGACAAGUACAAGCGGAGAUCUGCCUUCAACUGGAUGGCCCGCUGGUUUAAGUCUGUUGACAAGAAGAAGAAGCGUGACCCGAAUGCUGUCCGGAAACGUUUCUUCCUGGUACUAGUUCUGGGCAUUCUGGGAUUCAUCACCUUCAUCAUCAUCAUGUCCAAGCUGGGUCGCAACGCUACCGACAACGAUCCAUUCCUUGACCCGCUAGCAAACCCCAACAUUAAAGUGAAUGAGAAGGAAAUAAUCGUUGGCAACGACUGAUCUGUGGGGUAGAUGCUAAGUGGUCACACAGACACUGUGCCAUGAUGGACGCGGUCACACUGUGGCAGGAGGGAGGCCAUGGCAGGGGGGGGGGGGGGGGGGGGAGGAAGAGAGGAGGCGGCAUUUCCUUGUUGCCAUAGCACCCUGCUGUUGUACAUACAUGCUUAUUGUUGACUACAGGCCUUAUCUACAGACUUGUAACAGAGGCUGAUGUAUCAGGGGGCAUCUUGGAGUAACCUGGCAGGGAUGCUGGGGAGACCAGGGACCAGUGUUUGAAGGGGAACUGAACUAUACGUUUCAGUUUGCAAACAUUUCAUUUCAGAUGACUUAUUAUUAUUUUCUCAUUCUCUAACUCUUUCUUAACAGUCAAUGAUGGUAUGUAAAUUCAUGUAUAGUUGUAGAUAUUUGAAUGUUGUGCAUCAUGGCUGAGCCUCCUUGGAACAAAGACAAACAUGUACUCAUCUGUUACCAUGUACUCAUCUGUUACCAUGAUGAUGUUAGGGAUGUAAUAAGGAAACUUCCGGGGGCACUGAUUUAUGUUACCAUGUACACAUCUGUUACCAUGAUGAUGUUAGGGAUGUAAUGAGCACUUCCGGGGGCACUGAUUUAUGUUACCAUGUACACAUCUGUUACCAUGAUGAUGUUAGGGAUGUAAUGAGCACUUCCGGGGGCACUGAUUUAUGUUACCAUGUACUCAUCUGUUACCAUGAUGAUGUUAGGGAUGUAAUGAGCACUUCCGGGGGCACUGAUUUAUGUUACCAUGUACACAUCUGUUACCAUGAUGAUGUUAGGGAUGUAAUGAGCACUUCCGGGGGCACUGAUUUAUGUUACCAUGUACACAUCUGUUACCAUGAUGAUGUUAGGGAUGUAAUGAGCACUUCCGGGGGCACUGAUUUAUGUUACCAUGUACACAUCUGUUACCAUGAUGAUGUUAGGGAUGUAAUGAGCACUUCCGGGGGCACUGAUUUAUGUUACCAUGUACACAUCUGUUACCAUGAUGAUGUUAGGGAUGUAAUGAGCACUUCCGGGGGCACUGAUUUAUGUUACCAUGUACUCAUCUGUUACCAUGAUGAUGUUAGGGAUGUAAUGAGCACUUCCGGGGGCACUGAUUUAUGUUACCAUGUACACAUCUGUUACCAUGAUGAUGUUAGGGAUGUAAUGAGCACUUCCGGGGGCACUGAUUUAUGUUACCAUGUACACAUCUGUUACCAUGAUGAUGUUAGGGAUGUAAUGAGCACUUCCGGGGGCACUGAUUUAUGUUACCAUGUACACAUCUGUUACCAUGAUGAUGUUAGGGAUGUAAUGAGCACUUCCGGAGGUGCCAAUUUAUGUUACCAUGUACACAUCUGUUACCAUGAUGAUGUUAGGGAUGUAAUGAGCACUUCCGGAGGUGCCAAUUUAUGUUACCAUGUACACAUCUGUUACCAUGAUGAUGUUAGGGAUGUAAUGAGCACUUCCGGAGGUGCCAAUUUAUGUUACCAUGUACACAUCUGUUACCAUGAUGAUGUUAGGGAUGUAAUGAGCACUUCCGGAGGUGCCAAUUUAUGUUACCAUGUACACAUCUGUUACCAUGAUGAUGUUAGGGAUGUAAUGAGCACUUCCGGGGGCACUGAUUUAUGUUACCAUGUACACAUCUGUUACCAUGAUGAUGUUAGGGAUGUAAUGAGCACUUCCGGGGGCACUGAUUUAUGUUACCAUGUACACAUCUGUUACCAUGAUGAUGUUAGGGAUGUAAUGAGCACUUCCGGGGGCACUGAUUUAUGUUACCAUGUACACAUCUGUUACCAUGAUGAUGUUAGGGAUGUAAUGAGCACUUCCGGGGGCACUGAUUUAUGUUACCAUGUACUCAUCUGUUACCAUGAUGAUGUUAGGGAUGUAAUGAGCACUUCCGGAGGUGCCAAUUUAUGUUACCAUGUACACAUCUGUUACCAUGAUGAUGUUAGGGAUGUAAUGAGCACUUCCGGAGGUGCCAAUUUAUGUUACCAUGUACUCAUCUGUUACCAUGAUGAUGUUAGGGAUGUAAUGAGCACUUCCGGAGGUGCCAAUUUAUGUUACCAUGUACUCAUCUGUUACCAUGAUGAUGUUAGGGAUGUAAUGAGCACUUCCGGAGGCACUGAUUUAUGUUACCAUGUACUCAUCUGUUACCAUGAUGAUGUUAGGGAUGUAAUGAGCACUUCCGGGGGCACUGAUUUAUGUUACCAUGUACACAUCUGUUACCAUGAUGAUGUUAGGGAUGUAAUGAGCACUUCCGGGGGCACUGAUUUAUGUUACCAUGUACACAUCUGUUACCAUGAUGAUGUUAGGGAUGUAAUGAGCACUUCCGGGGGCACUGAUUUAUGUUACCAUGUACACAUCUGUUACCAUGAUGAUGUUAGGGAUGUAAUGAGCACUUCCGGAGGUGCCAAUUUAUGUUACCAUGUACACAUCUGUUACCAUGAUGAUGUUAGGGAUGUAAUGAGCACUUCCGGGGGCACUGAUUUAUGUUACCAUGUACACAUCUGUUACCAUGAUGAUGUUAGGGAUGUAAUGAGCACUUCCGGGGGCACUGAUUUAUGUUACCAUGUACUCAUCUGUUACCAUGAUGAUGUUAGGGAUGUAAUGAGCACUUCCGGGGGCACUGAUUUAUGUUACCAUGUACUCAUCUGUUACCAUGAUGAUGUUAGGGAUGUAAUGAGCACUUCCGGGGGCACUGAUUUAUGUUACCAUGUACUCAUCUGUUACCAUGAUGAUGUUAGGGAUGUAAUGAGCACUUCCGGGGGCACUGAUUUAUGUUACCAUGUACACAUCUGUUACCAUGAUGAUGUUAGGGAUGUAAUGAGCACUUCCGGGGGCACUGAUUUAUGUUACCAUGUACACAUCUGUUACCAUGAUGAUGUUAGGGAUGUAAUGAGCACUUCCGGGGGCACUGAUUUAUGUUACCAUGUACACAUCUGUUACCAUGAUGAUGUUAGGGAUGUAAUGAGCACUUCCGGAGGUGCCAAUUUAUGUUACCAUGUACACAUCUGUUACCAUGAUGAUGUUAGGGAUGUAAUGAGCACUUCCGGAGGUGCCAAUUUAUGUUACCAUGUACACAUCUGUUACCAUGAUGAUGUUAGGGAUGUAAUGAGCACUUCCGGAGGUGCCAAUUUAUGUUACCAUGUACACAUCUGUUACCAUGAUGAUGUUAGGGAUGUAAUGAGCACUUCCGGAGGUGCCAAUUUAUGUUACCAUGUACACAUCUGUUACCAUGAUGAUGUUAGGGAUGUAAUGAGCACUUCCGGAGGUGCCAAUUUAUGUUACCAUGUACACAUCUGUUACCAUGAUGAUGUUAGGGAUGUAAUGAGCACUUCCGGGGGCACUGAUUUAUGUUACCAUGUACACAUCUGUUACCAUGAUGAUGUUAGGGAUGUAAUGAGCACUUCCGGGGGCACUGAUUUAUGUUACCAUGUACACAUCUGUUACCAUGAUGAUGUUAGGGAUGUAAUGAGCACUUCCGGGGGCACUGAUUUAUGUUACCAUGUACACAUCUGUUACCAUGAUGAUGUUAGGGAUGUAAUGAGCACUUCCGGGGGCACUGAUUUAUGUUACCAUGUACUCAUCUGUUACCAUGAUGAUGUUAGGGAUGUAAUGAGCACUUCCGGAGGUGCCAAUUUAUGUUACCAUGUACACAUCUGUUACCAUGAUGAUGUUAGGGAUGUAAUGAGCACUUCCGGAGGUGCCAAUUUAUGUUACCAUGUACUCAUCUGUUACCAUGAUGAUGUUAGGGAUGUAAUGAGCACUUCCGGAGGUGCCAAUUUAUGUUACCAUGUACUCAUCUGUUACCAUGAUGAUGUUAGGGAUGUAAUGAGCACUUCCGGAGGCACUGAUUUAUGUUACCAUGUACUCAUCUGUUACCAUGAUGAUGUUAGGGAUGUAAUGAGCACUUCCGGGGGCACUGAUUUAUGUUACCAUGUACACAUCUGUUACCAUGAUGAUGUUAGGGAUGUAAUGAGCACUUCCGGGGGCACUGAUUUAUGUUACCAUGUACACAUCUGUUACCAUGAUGAUGUUAGGGAUGUAAUGAGCACUUCCGGGGGCACUGAUUUAUGUUACCAUGUACACAUCUGUUACCAUGAUGAUGUUAGGGAUGUAAUGAGCACUUCCGGAGGUGCCAAUUUAUGUUACCAUGUACACAUCUGUUACCAUGAUGAUGUUAGGGAUGUAAUGAGCACUUCCGGGGGCACUGAUUUAUGUUACCAUGUACACAUCUGUUACCAUGAUGAUGUUAGGGAUGUAAUGAGCACUUCCGGGGGCACUGAUUUAUGUUACCAUGUACUCAUCUGUUACCAUGAUGAUGUUAGGGAUGUAAUGAGCACUUCCGGGGGCACUGAUUUAUGUUACCAUGUACUCAUCUGUUACCAUGAUGAUGUUAGGGAUGUAAUGAGCACUUCCGGGGGCACUGAUUUAUGUUACCAUGUACUCAUCUGUUACCAUGAUGAUGUUAGGGAUGUAAUGAGCACUUCCGGGGGCACUGAUUUAUGUUACCAUGUACUCAUCUGUUACCAUGUACAUGUGGAGGCCAUGAACUUGUUUGGGGUUUUCAAAGGUAAACAGUGUUAUUCCCUGUGUGUACACCGAGGGUUAGGUUAGGGUUAGUGUUACGGUUGGGCAGAAAGUGCUCACAACAUGCAAAGCACUUUUUGUAAUGCUCCAUGUUGCUUUCACUACUCAUGACCCCCACAGAUACAAUACUGACCCCCGCAGAUACAAUACUGACCCCCACAGAUACAAUACUGACCCCCACAGAUACAAUGCUGACCCCCACAGAUACAAUGCUGACCCCCACAGAUACAAUGCUGACCCCCACAGAUACAAUGCUGACCCCCACAGAUACAAUACUGACCCCCACAGAUAUAAUACUGAUCAGUGAUUAAAUAAAUCGACUAUACUUGUUGUAAGAGGCAACAGGAUCAGGUGGUCAGGCUUGCUGACUUUGUUGAUGCACGUCAUUGUAUUCCAAUUGCGUGGAUUGAAGUUCAUGAUGUCAGUCACUGGAUUUUCUGGUCCAGACUCGAUUAUUUACAGACCGCAGUCAUGUAGCUUGAAUAAACAACUCAUUGGUUGUCAGUGUGGUAGACACAGGUGUCCGGUGCUUCCUGGAUGAGAUGAGUUGUUGGAGAUGAAUGUACAGACUAGGAAAAUACUCACCAUGCUAUCCCAGACAACCACAACAUUGCUGAAGGCCAUAAGUUCAUUUGUAUUGGAAGACAGCCAUCAUGGGCAUUCCUGUCAGUGAAGUUAGAUUUCUCCACUUGACAAGUCAAUAUGUCAUCUUCAAUGCAAUGCCUACAUUUGUUAUUUUAACCAGCACUGCAUGUUUUUACACUGUUACCAUGGUGACAUCGUGAAUACAGUCUCUCUUCUGUUUUUAAUUUAUUAUGGAUUAUGUGUGGAAUUAUGUUCAGUGAGAAUGGUAUGCUGGAUGUUGUGAUGUCAGUGUAGUGUGUACGUCUUUGUUGGCUGGCUGGUUUCAUGUUGGAGCCCUUCUGUUUACAUAUGCAUAAUAUGUAUUGACGAAAUUGUUACCCAACUUGUUUGAACAUCGGAAUGAUUUUGUUUUUUAGAGUACCUCGGAAGUGUUGUAACUUUUUUUGGUAACAAUCAAAAAUCAACAGCUGUACUGUAUCACUGAAACUGGAGACUUCAUUACUAAAUCAGCAGUGACAGCCGUCGUGGAUGUCAGAGACUGUGUUUAGUGAGCGUGUAUUUCUGAUUCAUGUUCACCCACAUUGCUGUGAGAGCUUGUGAGUUUACUGGAGAUUAUCGUACAAUACAUGGUUCAGCCCCACAUGUGUUGAAUCAUAUUCACACCACGGUGGAAAUGUAACCAAUUUCACAUAGUUGUUUAGGCAUGUAAAAUUAAUCCUGUAAAACUUGAGUAAGAUCUAAAAUUUCAAAAAGGGAGGGUGAAAUGUAUGCUACACUGACAUGUGCCUCUUGGUUAUUUACAUAUGAAUUUGUGUUUGUAUAUUUAAAUACUGUUUGAUAAUAAUUGUUUCUUCUGUAUAAUAUGUAAAUAACAAUGGGAGAAAUAAUUAUUGCAAAGAAAUAUGUUGUUGAUCUUAAUAUAUAACUGUGUAUCAAAAAAUGGUGGAAUAAACACAAUUUGUCAUA